GGCUGCAGCUGUCAGGCUGCCCUGGACCCGCUCCUCACAGACUCCACACACGCUUGCUGCAGCCUAGACCAGAGCUGCAUCCGGGAGGACGCUGCACCCCGGGGUCUGACCCCACAGUGAGUUUUGAAACCUUCAGAGAAAAGACAGGCAGCCUAACCUCGACUUGACCACCAGACUCCAGGGCAGCAAAAUCACACCAGACGAUAACAGGCUAAAUUCAGAAGCCAGCGUCCCAUCGCCAACACAGACAUCACAAGACAAAACCAAAUACUGCAGUUGUGCCUCGGGGAGAGACAUUUCAGGAACUUGGAUUCUGAAAAGAAAUUGGUGUCUCCAAAGUCAGUGGUCAGUCCAUGGCUAACGGCCCAGGGCUGAGUUAAUCCCGUGUUGUCACCACUAGAUGGCGGUCGUCUCAUUUUACUAACUAAAAAGUUUGUGAUUCAUGCCCUAUGAAAACUGAGGAAGAGCAGGAGGAAAGGGAGUAAGAAGGGAGGAGGACGGCCUCAGACAUGUCACUCUGUAGACUCCACACAGCUGUUGUGAUCAGUAACCAACAACAACGGUACUGACCUGCACUGACCUCACACUAGACACAGUCAGUCUAGGAAAGGGAAAGGCUCACAGGGCCCCACCCUUAACCUCUCAAAUGCUGUCUAUGGAUGGAUUGUAGAAGGAGAAUCUCUGUCUUUAGCUGCAGUCCUCUGCUGAGCCCAGCAGGACCCAACACACAGCUCCAAACCAGAAUUUUCACAGAUAGCCCUGGUCAAUCUCAGUGGAUCUCAUGCACAAUGAACGGAGAUGAACACGAAAGACAUCUGUUGGGAAUUGUGGACCAGGGUAACAGAGUGGUAGGAGGUGACAAUGGGCAGUAUUUCACGCACGCGCACUCAAUCUCGCACUCAGCAGAUUAAUAAUUGGCAGCCAGGGACUGGGUGGGUGGCACGGGUCUCAGUGGGGCGGAGACCGUCAACAGGAAACUGCGGGUGGAGGGCGUGACCAUCUCCUGGGCACACGGGAAGAGGGGAGAGUGGGAGGGUCUAGAGAAGUGACUUGCACCGAGGCUGUGUGCUAGCGCAAGUUACAGAGGAAGUAAGGCCAAGUGCGUUGAGGUUCUAUUCCCUUUGUUGUUCCCUGACCUUCACGGUGGGAGCCGCGCGCUGCAGACCCGGGUGCGGGGGACGCGGCGGGCGCCGCGGGGACCUGGAGACUCUGGAGCCGCAGUGUCCGCGCGGGGCGGGCGGCCUGGGAAAGUCAGCGUCAGCAGCAGCGCAGUGGCGGGAACCGCAGCCCGGCGGCCCUGGAACCUCCCAGAUCCCAUGGAAUAAGACUGGUUUCUCGUCAACUGAUCAUCGGAUUGCCAAAAUAUUCUUGUAAUAAUCUAAUCGAAUAUAGAUUUAUCUUUUGAGAUUUGCAAUUACGAUCCUGUUACUAUGGUGGAAACGACAAAGCUCUUGAAAUUUACAGUCAUCCAUACUAAUUUCCGAGUUAUUCACUUCCAUAUGCAAGACAGUGGCACAUGGAAACAGAGACUUGGAUUCGCAGGAGCAUUUAAAGUAUAACCAAGGAACGCCUCAAAAUUCCAUUGAAUCUGAAAACACACACACACACACACACACACACACACAUAUAUAUAUAUAUAUGCGAGUUCCACAGUAUCCUUGUAAACAUUAACUUUUAAAAUUAAACUUUUAUUUACCAUUAAUUUACCACCUGAGACAUAUGCACACUGUAAUACAAAUACAGCAUUCUGAGGGAUGUCUUUGCCAGGCCUGGUGGCAUAGGCCAUAAAUCACAACACUCAGAAGGCAGAGGCAGUUGGAUCGCUGUCAUUUGGAGGCUUGCAAGGAGUACAUAGUGACUUCAAGAGCACAGCAAUGUGUGAGAAAUCCAGGGGCUUCCUGAACAGUCUCUUUCUCAUGUGCAGGGCUCACUGACCACCCAGACCUGCUCACCUGUGCAGCAGAACAAAGGGUCCUGGAAGGAGAGAGGAGACAGACAUUAAGGAUGCAGGUUCUGAUGACAUUCAGGGAUGUGUCUGUGAACUUCUCGAAAGAGGAGUGGGAAUGCCUGGACUCUGCUCAGAGGACUUUGUACGUUGGUGUGAUGUUGGAGAAUUACAACAACCUGGUCUUUGUGGAGAACUAUUGCAAGUGUGAUCCUGUCCAUCACCCUGUGAAGACUGAAAAGGAGUCUUGUCAGUGUGAUGAGCUUGACAAAGUGCUUCAUGACCCCUCCACAUGUGCACUUCAUAGAACAAGUGAAUCUACAGAAAACUCUAGUAACUACACAUGCAGUAGUCACAGGGAUGCCUCUGUUGACUCAUCAAACCCAGACAGACAUGAAAGCAUGCACACUGGAGAAGAACCUUGUCCAUCUAAAGACUGUGAGAAAUCUUUACAUUUGUGUUCCAGCAUUACUCAAGAUCAGAGAGUCUACACUGCAGAGAAAGAGCACAGGCAGGGAGAAUAUGAUGACUGUCUCAGCUCUGCAUACAGACCUUCCCAACAACCAAUCGAUAUUGGAGAGAAACGACUCCAGUGUGGCACAUGCGGGAAAUUCUUCAGGAGUGCCUCAAGUCUCACUGUACAUAAGAAAAUUCAUACUGGAAUUAAACCCUACAAGUGCAACGUUUGUGAAAAAUCCUUUACGCAACUUGGAAAUUGUAAAGCUCAUCAAAGAGUUCAUACUGGGGAGAAACCUUACAAGUGCAAAGAAUGUGGAAAGUCAUUUCGUUACUUGGCAGGAAUUAAUAGCCAUCAGAAAAGUCAUACUGGAGAGAAGCCUUAUAAGUGCAAUGAGUGUGACAGAUCCUUUCGUUGCUAUUCAUCAUUGAGUAUGCAUAGGAAAGCUCAUUUUCUAGAGGAGUUUCACAAAUGCAAAGAUCAUGGUAAAUCCUUUCUUCAAUUAUCACACCUUAAAAGUUAUUACAGAACCCAUGCUGGUGAAAAGCUUUCCAAAUGUGAGGUAUGUGACAAAUUCUUUACCUCAAAUUCAAUCCUUAGAAGACAUCAGAAAGUUCAUACACAGGAGAAACCUUACAAAUGUGAGGAAUGUGGCAAAUUCUUUGUUGAUGAGGCAACUCUUAGAAGACAUCAGAAAGUUCAUACUGGGGAGAAACCUCACAAAUGUGAGGUAUGUGACAAAUCCUUUUCCUGGAAUUCAGAUCUUAGAAGACAUCAGAGGGUUCACACUGGAGAGAAACUUUACAGAUGUAAGGAAUGUGACAAAUGUUUUACUAGCUGCUCAAAUCUUAGAGCACAUCAGAAAAUUCAUACUGGAGAGAAACUUGCUAAAUGUAUAGAUUGUGACAAAUCCUUUAUCGAUUUUGCAACUCUUAGAAAACAUCGGAGAGUUCAUACUGGAGAGAGACCUUACAAUUGUAAGGAUUGUGACAAAUCCUAUCGUAGUUCUUCAUAUCUUAGAACACAUCAGAGAGUUCAUACUGGAGAGAGACCUUACAUAUGUAAGGAAUGUGACAAAUCCUUUACCGGAUACUCAUUACUUAGAAAACAUCAGCGAGUUCACACUGGGGAGAAACCUUACAGAUGUAUGGAAUGUGACAAGUCCUUUCCACAGGUCUCACAUCUUAGAACACAUCAGAGAACGCAUACUGGAGAGAGGCCGUAUAGUUGUCAGGUUUGUAACAAAUUUUUUUCCCAAUCUUAUCUUUUAAGGAGACAUCAGAAACUUCAUACUGGGGAAAUACUUGAUAUACGGGAAGAUUGUGACAUAUCCUAUAUCUGAGGUCUUAGAAGACAUCAGAUGGUGCAUACUGGAGAAGGUGCAUACUGGAGAAUUGACCUUACAGUUGUAAGGAAUGUAAGAAAUCCUUAUCCAGUUGCUCAAAUCUUGGAAGGACUCACAGUGUUCAUGCUGGGGUAAAACCCUACAAAUUUAUGAAAUGUGCCAAGUCCUUUAUCCGGGACUUAAAUCUUAGAAGACAUGCAAAAGUUCAUACUGGAUGCAGACUUUACAGAUGUUAGGAAUGUGACAAAUCCUUUGUCCACUCUUCUGCUUGAUGGAAACAUCAAAAAAUCCAUAAUGAAGAGAAACCAUCCUUUAUACAGAUUUCCAAUCUUAGGAGACACUAGAAAAAUCAUACUGGAGAGAAACUGUUUAAAUAAUGAGAUAUAGCAUUUUCCACUACUGUGUGCUUACAAAUCACAACAGUUUACAAAAUACUGGGGAAGAUCAAUGAAAGAGUAUCUUCAUAGAGGGAGCCAGUGUGGGUUUAGAGAGAAACCUUGAGCUUGAGAAAUUCUCAAGAACCCACACAGGUGACCCCGACUCAGACUACUAGCAAUAGUGGAGAGGAUGUCUGAAAGGGCCUUCCCCUUAAUCACAUCAGUGACUACCCUAAAUGUCAUCAUUGAACAUACAUCCAGUAACUGAUGGAAGCAGAUGAAGUGAGCACAGCCAAGCACUGGACUGAGCCACUGGAAUUCAGUUGAUGAGAAGGAGGAGGGAUAAUAUGAUCAAGGGGUUGGGUCAAGAUGAUGAUGGGGAAAACCCAGAGACAGCUGACCCGAGCUAGUAGGAGUUCCCAGACUAUGACUGACAGCUGGGGAACUGCAAGGGCCUAAACUAGGCCCUCUGAAUAUAGGUGACAGUUAUGUGGCCUGAUCUGUUGAGAGGGGCAGGUCUGGUAGUGGGACCAGGACCCAUCCCAGGUUCAUGAAUUGUCUUUUACGGUCCCAUUCCCUAUGGGAUACCUUUCAAGGUGGGAUACCUUGCUCAGCCUUAAUAUAAGGGGGAAGGGCUUUGGUGACACCCCAAAGUAGGCCUUCCCUCCUCUGUGGUGUAGAUGGGGGAUGGAGAGCUGGGUGGUCAGAGAUGGUGAGGGAGUGGUAACUGGGGUUGCUAGGUAACAUGAAAAAUAAAAAUUUUAAUUAGGAAAAUAAAAUAGAAACAUAAAGAUAAGAAACUAGUGAAAGUCUUUAUGAAGGUUUAUGUUUUUAAAAGUUUCCUAGAGUGGCCGGGCAUUGGUGGCGCAUGCCUUUAAUCCCAGCACUUGGGAGGCAGAGGCAGUCGGAUCUCUGUGAGUUCGAGGCCAGCCUGGUCUACCGCGCGAG